AUUAUUUUAAAAAAAGGCAAACAUGGUGUAAAAAAAAAGUUCUCUCUCUGAAGAGUCUCAGCUGAAGGUUGUGAUUGCUUAAAGAUGUCGUCGUUACUCUCCGAUCUAAUCAACCUUAAUCUCUUAGACAUCACAGAGAAGGUGAUCGCCGAGUACAUAUGGAUCGGUGGAUCUGGUAUCGACAUGAGGAGCAAAGCAAGGACUCUCUCGGGAUCGGUUAACGACCCUUCGAAGCUUCCCAAGUGGAGCUAUGAUGGUUCCAGCACUGGUCAAGCUCCUGGACAAGAUAGUGAAGUGAUCUUAUAUCCACAAGCAAUUUUCAAGGAUCCAUUCAGGAGGGGUAACAAUAUCCUGGUUAUGUGUGAUGCUUACACUGCUGCUGGGGAACCCAUUCCUACCAACAAGAGACAUAAUGCUGCAAAGAUAUUAAGCCAUCCUGAUGUUGUUGCUGAAGAACCCUGGUUUGGCAUUGAGCAGGAAUACACCUUGUUGCAGAAAGAUGUCCAAUGGCCUUUUGGUUGGCCUAUUGGCGGUUUUCCUGGGCCGCAGGGACCAUACUAUUGUGGUACUGGUGCUGACAAGGCUUUCGGGCGUGAAAUUGUUGACUCACAUUACAAAGCCUGUGUUUAUGCGGGCAUUAAUAUUACUGGGAUUAAUGGAGAAGUGAUGCCUGGUCAGUGGGAAUUUCAAAUUGGUCCAUCGGUUGGCAUCUCUGCCAGUGACGAGUUGUGGGUUGCACGUUACAUUUUGGAGAGAAUCACCGAGAUUGCUGGGGUGGUGCUUUCCAUUGACCCUCAACCGAUUAAGGGAGAUUGGAAUGGUGCUGGUGCUCAUACGAAUUACAGUACCAAGUCCAUGAGAAACGAGGGUGGCUUUGAAGUUAUUAAAAAAGCAAUUGGCAAAUUGGAAAAGAGACACAAGGAGCACAUUGCUGCUUAUGGAGAAGGCAAUGAACGUCGUUUGACUGGACAACACGAGACAGCUGACAUGAACACCUUCUUGUGGGGCGUUGCAAACCGUGGUGCUUCUAUAAGGGUAGGGAGGGACACAGAGAAGGCAGGGAAGGGCUAUUUUGAGGACAGGAGGCCUUCUUCUAACAUGGAUCCUUACGUGGUCACUUCCAUGAUUGCAGAGACAACCAUUCUCCAGAAACCAUAAGUACCCAAAAAAACUACACUUUUAUUACUUUAGAAAUCACCAUAUGUUACACUUGAGACUUUCUUAAUAUAUACGAAUAACUCUCUCAUGGUCAAAUUCUGACUAGCAGUUAAAUAUAUGUUUUUUAAAUGAUUGUAAAAUAAUCAACU